GAAUUAAACGGGUCUCCCUCUCACGCAAGCGGGCUUCCUUCAAUCUCCACCAUUUCGCUCUCUCUCUCUCUCUCUCUCUAUCUAUAAACAGUUGAAGAUUCUCAAAAACAUCUCAAUUCCGUGCAGAUGCAAGUUUUCAUUACACACGAACGAGAUCGAGAAGAGUGAUUAUUGAUCUUUAACUUAGAGAGGAGAGGAAGAAUGUGUAUCUCAUCAAUCUCGCAAGUCUCUAGAUUCAGAAUCAACCUAUUGGGAGGAACUUCUUUCCAUGGCUGGUUCAAGAACAACUCAACCCCCCCUAAGCUUCUCGACAUCAGAGCCUCCUCCUCCUCCUCCUCCUCCUCCUCGGUUAAUAAUAACAGUAAGAGCAGAUGGGUCAGGAGAAACGUGAGUACAACCACACAAGGAAGCAGGAGCAACACCAAGAGCAGUAUCCUUGGAGGAGCAGUUCCUCCCGUUACUACCAGGAUAGUAGAUGCAGAGAGCACGACCAAGAUACAACAACAGCCUUUCGGAAACCUUCAGCAACGUCUUGCCGAAAACAAAGAUCUGUCUAGUCUCCUCACUGUUAUAGUCUCUGAUCUCGAGACGACCGGCUUGCAUAGGGUGAAGGAGAGGAUUAUCGAGAUCGCUGCUCAGGAUCUAGCUGGUGGUGAGAACAGUACGUUCCAGACUCUGGUCAACCCUGGUGUUCCUAUAUUGAAUGCUAGCAUCCAUGGGAUCAGGAACGAUAUGGUUUGUCGACCUGAGGUUCCAAGAAUGGAGGAGAUGAUACCGAUAUUUCUGAGGUAUGUUCAGAGCAGACAGAAGAAGCCUGGAGGGUAUGUGAUGAUUGUUGCACAUAACGGCAAAACAUUUGAUUUUCAGUUCUUGAUCAACGAGUUUAACCGCUGCUCUUACGAGAUUCCUCCUAACUGGCUCUUUUUUGACUCCCUCCCACUUGCCAGAGAGAGCAUGAAGUCUGUAGAUGCAACAGUGAAGCCAAAAGCGUCAUUAUCAGCUCUAGGGGAUUACUAUAACCUUGUAAGGGAUGGUGAAGCUCACAGAGCAUUGUCAGAUGUCUUACUUUUAUCUCAGGUGUUUCAGAGACUAACCAUUGAUCUCAAGCUCUCGCUAUCUGAUCUUGUCCUCCGCUCUCACACCACGUCCGACCUUAUUGCUGCCAUGGCAAAGAACAAGAAGGCAUGAAAGAUUUUUAGAAACAUUGGUCUCUUAUUAGCAGGGUUUCUUUUCUCAUUAUUGAUCUCUGAUUCUAUUUGUUUCUCUAUAUAGUGUAUGUAACUCCGGAAAAAAUCCCAAGUCAUGUAACCUAUUGUUUAAUUUAUCGUGGGAUAAAUUAAGUGAAAAAGCAUAUGUAAUUUCACCAAGUCAUAAACAUUCAAUACAAGCCAGUGAUAGUUUCACCGUUUUUCUU